AAUAAUUACUUAAAACAUAUUACUUGUGCUUUUGAUACGCUGAGAACAGAAGAAGAUCUCGUUGAUGUAACCUUAAGCUGCGAAGGAAAAAGGAAUAAGAGCAGACAAAAUGCUAUUAUCUGCAUGUAGUACAUAUUUUAGAGAUUUAUUUAAGGAAAAUCCAUGUCAGCAUCCUGUUAUAAUAUCUCGUGAUGUAAAAUUCGAUGAUUUGGUUGCAUUGGUUGAUUUUAUGUAUCAGGGUGAAGUAAAUGUGGUUCGGGAACAAUUAUCUAGUUUUUUAACAACUGCUGAACUGCUUGCUGUUCAGGGUCUUGCCGAUGGUACAGGAAAAGAUAAUGAUAGUUUAGUAGAGGUAUGUUUUUCAAAAUUGUUAAAUAUGAUUAGAUAUUUUCUGCUUAAAUUAAAAUAAUACACUUGUAUCACGUUAAACUG